ACUCUAAAGCGAAAGUCUGAAGCUCUGCACAUGAGUUUUUCCUUAUUACUUUACAAUGAAAGUGACUCCCUUGAGUUUAAAAAUCAGGAUAUCGUUGGGCAACAAGAUGUUAUGAGUGCUGGUAUUUUGCCAGCGCUCCAUAGCGCCAUGGGAACAGGUUGUCGGAAAUGUGCGAAGUUUUCUAAUGGAUGUGUUCUGGUGCUCAGUUUAUUAUCUACAGCUGCUAGUCUACCGUCGGAAGAUUUCCAGCGUCUUCUAAUUCAAUCUAGUUCCUCGUGUGACAUUCUGUUUUGGUAUGGUCAAGUGUUGACGUCAACUGAUCCAAUUCUUGCAAAACAAUUUGAGUCUCAGACAGUCGAUACUGGCCUUGUAUUAAUGAAUGCACUUUCGGAAAACAAAAAUGUAGAUAGCAUCGCAGAUUUGAUCAGUUCUUUAAUUGGUUCUUUUAUACUAAUAUUUGUAGAUGUUGAUUCUGAUGUGGUCUAUUUCACACGGGAUCGAUUCGGACGUCACUCUAUGGUUGCUAGAAGAUUUCCGGCAUCUCAGGCGGAUCGACUUUGCAUUGACUUGAUUUCUAGUUUGGUUGUUCAAGAUACACCCUUUUCUCCAGAGUCUAGUUUGGAGUCAAUUGAAAAGAAUGCACAAGAUUGGUUCGAGAUUCCAGCUUGCGGUAUAUUUGUAUCGAAAGUUAUCUGUGAUAAUGAAAGCCUUUUUCUGUCAAAUAUUAGUCUAUAUCCGUGGUCGGAUGAGCAUUUAAUUUUGUGCCCGUCUGAUUUUCCAGUUUCCGUUAACCGAGUUCUGCAUAGAAAUGAGGAUUACAAUAGUAUAUUUUUACCAGUUUAUAAACCUACAACUUUGAAGGAAACUCAGGAGAAACUUUUGCAUCUAUUACUAACUGUUGUGCACGAUUCAGUUACACGUGAUUUGCUCUUUUGUGAGGAAUCUACUGAUUUUGGUCCAUCUGAUGGAAAUCGGUCAGGUGCUUUAUUUGGUUUGCUGUUUAGUGGUGGUUUGGACUCUUCUGUUAUUGCGGCACUUAUUGACAGAUUUGUUCCUGCACACCAAUCCAUUGAUUUGAUUAAUGUUGCUUUCCAGAGGAUAGGCCCUAACCUAUCUGCUAACAAUAAAGAUUAUCAGGACGUCAACAAUCUGAUUUCUGCUGAAGAGGCUCCUGAUCGCCAAACCGCUCUAAAAAGUUAUGACGAACUGUGUAAACUGUCUCCUCAACGUAAAUGGAAUUUAAUAAAGGUAAACGUGGAUGUUGCUGAAAUCCAAGAAACAAGGGUAAAACAUGUGUGGCCAUUGUUACUUCCAGGGCAUACUACUGUUUUGGACGAUAGUUUAGGUCUUGCUCUUUGGUUCGCUGCUCGCGGACAAGGCGUGUUGCAUACUCUAAAUGGUUUAGAUGAACAAUAUACUUCAUCAGCUAAGUUCUUGUUUCUUGGUUCUGGAAUAGAUGAACAGUUAGCUGGUUAUGCUCGUCACCUUACCACAUACAAAAAGUUUGGUCCAGAAGCAUUACGGAAGGAACUUUCAAAGGAAACACUGUGUAUAUCCAACCGUAAUCUUGGAAGAGAUGAUCGCCUAAUAUCUACCCAUGGACGGAUGGCUCGAUUGCCCUACUUAGACGAAAGGAUUGUAGACUUUCUAACCAAAAUUCCACUAGAGUUUAAAAUAAAUCCUGAUUUGCCUAAAGGUCAAGGUGAAAAGUUUUUACUGCGUCAAGUUGCUCUAAUGCUGAAUUUGAGUUAUGCAUCUAAACAACCGAAACGUGCAAUGCAAUUUGGCAGUCGCAUAGCUAAGGCUGAGGGAAUUAAACGUUUCACUGGAUCAGCUGAUCAAGUUAAAUUCACUCAUCCAUCUCAAUAGCAUCGAUUGACAAUGUAUAUAUAGGAUUUUGAAAUCCAUAGAGAACAACCGUUAUCUUUGUUUUACAUAUCCGCCGACGUUUUUAUUCAUACAAGAAACUCAUUUUUGCACCAUAUAGAUAUUGAUAAAAGUUUAGUACGUUAUUUUACUAAGUAUAAAUAAUCUUGGUUAAAUAAAAAAUAUGUAUUUG